GCUGCGCCCUGCCGGCUGUUGUGAAGUCCGGGCCUGACUCGCAGCUUGAUUUCAGCAUCUGAGGCUGCGCCCGCAUCACUUCGGCAUCGCGGCAGCCCGGCCUGCCCUGUGACCCCAGACGGGAGCCCACUCCCUAGGUAGAGGGAAAGGGGGCCGGGCCAGAGCGCCCCCACCCCCACCCCCCGCCAGGGAGCCACCUCUCCUGCGCCCGGGAGAUGGCGACCUUGUGGAGGGCGCACUCCAAGAGGAAGUCAACCAACAAGAGCUCUGUGCGAUCGAGGUCGCCUGCGAAGCACUCCAAGGCAUAUGGCUCGCUGCGCAAGGCGCCGGCCAGCCUGGACCCCAACCCCCAGCAGGUGAAGAGGAUCUUCGAAGCCCUGAAGCAUGGCCUCACGGAGCACCUGUGUCUGCAGCAGGCCGAGCUGGACUACCUGUCAGGACGCCACACGGACACCGGGAGGAACUCCAGGCUGGCCUUCUAUUAUGACCUGGACAAGCAGACACGCUGGGUGGAAAGGCACAUCCGGAAGAUGGAGUUCCACAUCAGCAAGGUGGAGGAGCUGUACGAGGGCUACUGCGUCCAGUGUCGCCUGCGCGAUGGCGCCUGCAACAUGCAGCGUGCCUUCUCCCAGUGCCCGCCGAGCCGCGCGUCCCGCGAGAGCCUGCAGGAGCUAGGCCGCAGCCUGCACGAGUCCUCCGAGGCCAUGUGGCUCAUCGAGGGGGCGCUGGAGGUCCACCUGGGCGAGUUCCACGUCCGGAUGAAAGGCUUAGUGGGCUAUGCUCGCCUCUGCCCUGGGGACCAGUAUGAGGUGCUCCUGCGCCUGGGCCGCCAGCGCUGGAGGCUGAAGGGCCGCAUCGAGUCUGACGACAGCCAGACCUGGGACUCGGCGGAAAAGGCCUUUGUGCCCACGCUGCGUGAGAACUUGGAGAUCAAGGUGACCGAGCUUCGGGGCCUGAGCUCACUGGCCAUCGGCGCCGUGACUUGCGACAUCGCCGACUUCUUUAGGACGCAGCCACAGGUCAUCGUGGUGGACAUCACGGAGCUGGGCACCAUCAAGCUGCAGCUGGAGGUGGUGUGGAACCCCUUUGACUCCGAGAGCCCCCUGGUGUCACCCAGCCCCAUGGGGAAGCUUUCUCUGGGCAGCAGGAAGGGCUCCUUGUACAACUGGACACCCCCGAGCACCCCCAGCUUCCGGGAGAGAUACUACCUGUCUGUCCUGCAGCAGCCAGCACAGCGGGCCUUGCUGCUAGGUGGGCCAAAGGCCACCUCCAUCCUCAGCUACCUGUCUGACAAUGACCUUCAGGGCCCCGGCCUGCGUAGCCAGAGUCAAGAGUUGCCGGAGAUGGACUCCUUCAGCUCCGAGGACCCCCGGGACGCCGAGACCAGCACAUCGGCGUCCACCUCAGAUGGGGGCCUCCUGCCCUUGGCCAUCAGCCCCAUCGCCUCCACCGAACAGGAGGCACGGGAGGACAGCCCAGCCCUGGGCCUGCUGCCGGCCGUGGCCCCGCUGGCGGGGAGCUCCUUUGUGGAGCAGCCGGGCUGGAGGAACUUGGACAUGGAGAGCCCCAGCCUGCCCCAGGGCUUCCCCUCCCAUAGCUGCACGGUUCUGAGGAGGCAGAGAGUCCAAGGGGAAGGAGAGCCAGGGGAAGGAGCAGACGGGCCCACGGCAGCCCUGGAGCGGCCUCUGCAGGAGGUCCUGGAGCUACUGAGGUCCACGGGCCCUGCGCAGCCCCAGCUCCGGGAGCUGGAGUACCAGGUCCUUGGCUUCCGGGACCGGCUGAAGGUGGCUGCUUGUCCACAGCCGUGCGGAGCUCGGCAAGAGCACACCUCCACCGAGAGUCUGACGGAGCGCAUCCUGGAGAGCUUCGCCUUCCUCAACGCCGACCUCGCUGCCGACCAGCUGUCCCUGUUUGGGGGCUCCCAGGGCCCCCGAAAGGACAGGAUGACACCCCCGCCACCAUCACUGAAAGUGUCACCCAGGGAGCUCACAGCCGGUGCCCCGGAGCUGGAUGUGCUACUCACGGUCCACCUCCAAGUCUGCAAGGCCCUGCUGCAGAAACUGGCCUCACCUAAUCUGUCCAGGAUGGUCAAGGACUGCCUUGUGGAAGAGGCCACACAACAAAAGCAGGUUCUGGAGGUGCUUUCUGACCUGGAUUUUGAGAAGGCCAGCCAGGCGACGUCCGUGGAGGAAAUCCUCCCGCAGGCCUCUCGCAGGAAGGGCUGCCUGAAACUGUGGCGGGGGUGCACCGACCCCGGCGGCGUCCUGACCUGCCCCGCCACCAGGCUCCUGAGCCAGCUCAAGAAAACGUUCCUGCACAGAGUCCGUGGGAAGUACCCGGGACAGCUGGAAAUAGUGUGCCGCAGGCUACUGGAGCAGGUGCUGAGCUGUGGCGGGCUGCUCCCUCCAGCCGGGCUCCCCGAAGAACAGACCGUCACCUGGUUCCAGUUCUACCGCUACCUGCAGAGGCAGAGUGUGUCAGACCUGGAGAAGCAUUUUGAGCAGCUCACCAAGGAAGUCACACUCAUCGAGGAGCUGCACUGCACCGGGCAGGUCAAGGCUGUCAGGAAGCUGCAGGGGAAGCGGCUGGGCCAGCUCCAGCCCCUGCCCCAGACCCUGCGUGCCUGGGCGCUGCUGCAGCUGGAUGGGCCCCCAAGGGUGUGCAGAGUGGCCGGCUCGCGUCUGGCCAGUGCAGUGAGGAACAGAAGUUUCCGGGAAAAGGCCCUGCUCUUCUACACCGACGCCCUGACCGAGGGCGACGCCAGACUCCAGCAGGCCUCGUGCAUGGCGCUGCAGCAGCUCCAGGGCAUUGAAAGCAUCGACCAGAUUGCCAGCCUGUGCCAGUCUGACCUGGAGGCCGUGCGAGCAGCAGCCCGGGAAGCCACUCUGUCGUUUGGAGAAAAAGGGCGUUUAGCUUUUGAGAAGAUGGACAAACUUCGCAAAGAACAAAGACAAGACUUUUGCCAGGAGGCAGAUGUUGAAAUCACAAUAUUCUAAAAAGCCCCAGCGGAUGAGCCCAAACCUGGUUUACAGAAUUUCCUUGCUACUGCCCAGCCCAGCACAAUGCAGGGCUUUUGUGCUCCCCAAGUGUGAGCAGGCCAGAGCCUGAGGCUUGGAGCACCCACCCACAAAGCCCCGGGCACAAGUGGCGCUGCGGGAAGCAGAGCCGGGGACACAGCAUGCCCGAGGCUGCAGCCCGCCACUAAGCAUUCCAUCUUCACCUCCAGGAAUCUAUCUGAGCCUUCUCAGGAUGCAGCUGGCGCCAGCCAGCCACGUACAAAAGGGUUGAGGCCAGACAAGGCCUGGGACUGUGUGUGUGUGUGUGUGUGUGUGUGUGUGUGUGUGUG